CAUAAUCACAUUGUCUUGCCUGCUUUUGGGUCUACCCUUCCCAUUUCAACUCUUCUUUUGGUUAGUGUUUGGUGAGCAUAAAAUGGCUCAGGGAAGAGGCAGUGCAAGGCGGUCAGCGGUCGGUGCUGUGGCCGUGCUACUCUGCCUACUUGUGCACUGCGAGAUCGCUCAUGCGGCAGUGUAUAAUGUCGGAGAUAACGGCGGGUGGACCUUUAAUGUUGUGAAUUGGCCCAAAGGAAAGCGUUUUAGGGCGGGAGAUGUGCUCGUUUUCAAGUAUGACUCAACGAGCCACAACGUGGUCUCGGUGAACAGCAACGGUUACAAUGGCUGCACGACUCCGAGGGGUGCUAAGGUGUACAAGACCGGGAACGAUCGGAUCACGCUGGCCAAGGGACAGAACUUCUUUAUCUGCAAUUUUGUGGGACACUGUCAGGGAGGGAUGAAGAUCGCAGUUACUGCAGCGUAAUUAGGCUUUCGUCUUGCAUAAAUGAUACAUAUAUAGUUACUAAUAGAUAAUCACUAUGUAAUGUGUUUCUUAAGGCUGAUCUUCAUGUCACUGGAUUGGCUACUAAAUAAGAGAAACGGUGUGUAAUCAACCUUGUCCAA